UGGGCCGCGCACCGAGGCCUUGUUCGGCGGCGGGGGGAGCGGGCCGGGCCGGGCCCGCGGCCGAACCAUGUCCGCCUGCCACAGCUGCGCUGCUGCCGCCCGCUUGCUGGGCUCCACGCUGCCCUCUGCGCGGAGAGGUAUUACUUGUGGUCGUACACGCAUCCCUGUUUUAGGGAAACUUGGGACUUUUGAAACCUGUUCCCUAAAACGAAUUCCUCUCAGAAACUUCUCAGAAACACCAGCUUAUUUUGCUUCAAAGGAUGGUGCAAGCAAGGAUAGUUCUGGAGAGGGAAGCAAGAAGUCUGUCGGUGAGGGGAGUGGUAAAAAGGCAGGCUCUGGAAGUUCUGGGAAAGGAGGGAACCAACUGCGCUGCCCGAAGUGUGGGGAUCUCUGCACACACGUGGAGACCUUUGUCUCUUCCACCCGUUUUGUGAAGUGUGAAAAGUGUCACCAUUUUUUUGUUGUACUAUCAGAGGCAGACACAAAAAAGAGCAUCAUUAAGGAGCCUGAGUCAGCCGCAGAAGCUGUGAAGUUGGCAUUCCAGCAGAAGCCACCACCUCCACCGAAAAAGAUUUAUAACUACCUCGACAAAUAUGUUGUUGGUCAGUGUUUUGCCAAGAAGGUGCUUUCAGUUGCUGUGUACAAUCAUUACAAGAGAAUCUACAAUAAUAUCCCAGCUAACAUGAGACAGCAAGCAGAAGCUGAAAAGCAGACUUCUUUAACACCCAGAGAAUUAGAAAUCAGAAGACGGGAGGAUGAGUACAGAUUUACAAAACUGCUGCAGAUUGCUGGAAUCAGUCCACAUGGUAAUGCUUUAGGAGCAUCAAUGCAGCAACAAAUGAACCAGCAGAUACCUCAGGAAAAACGUGGAGGAGAAGUACUAGAUUCACCCAAUGAUGACAUAAAACUUGAAAAAAGUAACAUUUUGCUGCUUGGACCAACUGGAUCAGGUAAAACCUUGCUGGCUCAGACUCUAGCUAAAUGCCUAGAUGUACCUUUUGCUAUCUGUGAUUGCACCACCUUGACUCAAGCUGGUUAUGUUGGUGAAGACAUUGAAUCUGUCAUUGCAAAACUCCUGCAAGAUGCCAACUACAAUGUAGAAAAAGCUCAGCAAGGAAUUGUUUUUCUGGAUGAAGUAGACAAGAUUGGCAGUGUUCCUGGCAUUCAUCAGUUACGGGAUGUUGGAGGAGAAGGUGUUCAACAAGGCUUGUUAAAAUUACUAGAAGGCACAAUAGUAAAUGUUCCAGAAAAGAAUUCCCGUAAACUACGUGGAGAAACGGUGCAGGUUGACACAACAAACAUCCUCUUUGUAGCUUCUGGUGCUUUUAAUGGUCUUGACAGAAUUAUCAGCAGGAGGAAAAAUGAAAAAUAUCUAGGAUUUGGGACACCAUCCAACAUGGGGAAAGGCAGAAGGGCUGCAGCAGCAGCUGAUCUUGCAAACAUCAGUGGGGAGUCAGAUCCCCACGAAGAUAUUGAAGAAAAAGAUCGUUUGCUGCGUCACGUGGAAGCCAGAGACCUGAUAGAGUUUGGGAUGAUCCCUGAGUUUGUGGGACGUUUGCCUGUUGUGGUUCCUCUGCACAGCUUAGAUGAGAAAACCCUUGUACGGAUUCUGACUGAGCCACGGAAUGCUGUGGUUCCUCAGUACCAGGCACUGUUCAGCAUGGAUAAGUGUGAAUUAAAUGUGACUGAGGAUGCUUUGAAGGCUAUAGCCAGACUGGCCCUGGAUAGAAAAACUGGUGCCAGAGGUCUUCGAUCCAUAAUGGAGAAGCUGUUGCUGGAGCCCAUGUUUGAAGUGCCCAAUUCUGACAUUGUCUGCGUGGAAGUUGACAAAGAUGUUGUAGAAGGCAAAAAAGAGCCAGGAUACAUUAGGGCUCCCACUAAAGAUUCAUCUGAAGAAGAAUAUGACUCUGGAGUUGAGGAGGAAGGCUGGCCUCGACAAGCAGAUGCUGCAAACCAUUAAAUACUGUCAGAAUGCUCUCCUGCAUAAAGCACACGUGGUUAUUUCCAAGCCUCUGGCUUCAGUCUGCUACUUAAAGGCAUUGGAACUAUCUUGGAUAGGUUAUGUGAUGAGGAACUUUAUUAGAUAAAUCAGAUCGUGUAUUUUCUGGCAACAUCACCUUGAUUUAUUUGGUGGACGUGGUGUGGACUUGGCUGGCAUAAUGUUCAAAAUAUGAAUUGUAUAUUAAACUUCAAUUAAAAAUGUAUAGCAAAUGCAGCAGCACCUGGGUUGCUCUUUCUAGAAAAUAAAUCAGCAAGGCAGGUGCUGCCACUAGUUAGAUAUUACAAUAAUGUUACUCUACAAAUGGGAAAUCAAAUUAAUAAUUAAUAGAGGGUGAAUAAACCAUCAGCUCCUCAUACAACUCACAGGGGGCUGCAUUCAGGUCAGUGUUAGAUUUCUGCUGAUGUUUGAAUCCUGAUGGGUGCUGGAGUGUGACCUGUUACAAGUUGAGGAGGGGGAGGAGGAGGAGGGUGGAAAAUCCCUUGCAACAGUUUUAUGGGAAACCUGGGACACGUCUGGUGACACUGCUGGGAGAUUUGGCUAAAAUGUGACACUAAUUUGUCAUUUGAAUGCAGUAUCAGAUAAUAUCCUUUCCUUCACCUCUUCUUUAGGAGUAAAUUUUGAUCACCUGGAACCCCAUGAAAGAAGGUGAAGUCAGUAAUUUGCUCAUUUUUCCUGAAGGGGUAAGCAGGAUGUCUAGGAAGUGGUAAGCCACCUGAAUUCAGACAAAAAAAAAAGUCAACUUCAAUUUUAAUUUUGGUUUUUAUUUUUAAUAUUCUAAUCUAAUACAUUUUGUUGGACGUGUUGGAACUCUUCAUGCAUCAGUUUUUUGGUGCCCAGCCUGUCUUACAAUGGCAAGAGCUGAAAGAAGUGAAAUGUGGAAUAUUUUUGCUGGCAGCAGUGGUGAAGGUUGUAAGUUACACACUCAGGUGUUAGUGUUGCAUCUGUGUUGUAUCUCUUGGUUUUUAUUGUUGGCUUUUGAUGCCAGACUAAAAAUCAUCUUCCCUCUUCUGUUCCACCCCCAAAUUAAUUUGAGCCUUUAGGAAACUCUUUGUGAAGGCAAAAAGAAACCCAAAAGGACCUGUGAAUGUCUUUGUGUCAGGAAUUAAAACUGUUGCUUACAACUUUUUGUUUUGUCCUUCAGUGAUACCUGGACUGUAAGUUUCAUUAACCCCUUUUUUCCCCCUCAGACUUUAAAUUUGUGCUCUUUACAUAAAACUCCCCUCCUUCUUUCCAGUCCAGUGGAUGCUGCAGGACAGGAAGGAGCCUGCUAAUGUGUCACCCUUAUUUUUGGUUGUUAAUUUCUUGUCAUGUAAAUUGGGUGUUAAUUCUUGUGUUCUUACCUAGUGUGACAUGCAGCUGUAGCCCUGUGCAACAGAAAACUUCCUGUAGGAAUUCAGAUAUUUUAUUUUUUUUCACCUUAAAUGACCCACAAAAUGGUUCACAAAAAGCUGCUUCUGGAGUUGAGGAUAUUCCCAGGAGCAGCUCAGUCCCUUCAGGAUGGGAACCUGUGGUGAACUAUCUGUAAACCCCAUCCUCACUUUCCUUUUUGUAGAGUGAAAAAAAAAAAAAGACAAAAUAACUGCUUUUAAUUCUGAAUCCUUUAGUUCAAAUCCUUUUUUUUUAAACGGAUUGAAAAAAAAAAGUAACCAAAACCGUUUUGGGUGAAACUGUUCAACAACUUAGUUUUGAAAGUUGUUUGGAAUUACAUUGUAACCAAGAACUGUUUUUAAGGAAACAAAAAAUGCUGUGUAACUACUGUUUGUACUUCACCUCUGGCGUUUGAAUAAAACCAAGCGAAAUAUUCAAGCA